UGGUGUGAGAGAUCAUAAGAAGAGAGAGGGAGGAGUGUAUCCAAAUUGUGCAGCCAAAUUCCUAUUGUUUAUAAAGGGGCAGAGAGAGAGAGGGAGAGGAGGGAAUUAGAGGUACCCUAGAGAAUUAGGGACGGGCCACGUGUCGGGAGACAAGAGGACGAUGAAGACGGAGAACGGGAGGAAACAAGGGGGAGGAGCAGCCCCAUGCGCAGCAUGCAAGCUUCUAAGAAGAAGAUGUGGAGAGGAAUGUGUAUUUGCUCCAUACUUUCCAGCAGACCAACCCCAUAAGUUUGCCAAUGUUCAUAAGGUCUUUGGCGCUAGCAAUGUCAACAAAAUGCUUCAGGAGUUGCCAAUUCACCAACGAGGAGAUGCAGUGAGCAGUUUAGUGUACGAAGCAAAUGCUCGAGUGCGCGACCCGGUGUACGGGUGCGUCGGAGCAAUAUCGUCUUUGCAGCAGCAGAUAGACACCCUCCAAACUCAGCUGGCUUUGGCUCAAGCCGAGGUGGUGCACCUAAGGGUGCGUCAGACAGCAUCGUUUUCAAACUAUGGGCUAAGCCCAACAAGCCCAAGUAAUAGUGGAUCGCCCUCAUCCAGGCUCAUGGGCUCACAAUCCAGGCCCAUGUUUGAGAUGGAUAUGGCUGUGGACCAAGCCAUAGGGGACUCAAUGUGGUAAUAUAUCAUACUAUUAUUAUUAUUUGCCCAAAAUCCCAUUUCCAUGGAGAUUUAGUUAGUUUUGCUUCUUUUUUUUUCCUACCCUAUUUUGUCAAUUUGGCUUUCAUUUGGUUGUUGGCCAUUUGCUAUCCUGAUCUUUACUAUAUAGUUAUUUACUUACUUUUCAUUUAUGCCGACCUGAGCGGAGCUCAAGUAGUCAGGUAAUGUCUCCCUUUUUUAAGUUAGGGUUGAAUUUUCUUCCCUAUUUAUAGUGUAAUAUUUUUAAGAAACUCGUAUACAAAUAUAUAUAUAUCUAAACAUAUCAUUGAGAUGUUAUGUCA